GAAAGCGCUACUUGCUUACCACACAAACAUGGAAACGGAGACGAAAAAUAGUAUAGAGAAGAACAAGGGAAUUGUUCCCUUUUUAAAACCUCUGGAUCUCUUCAGAAAUAAGCAAUUGGUCACAGUUUGUGCACCAAUGGUUAGAUAUUCGAAGCUGGCAUUUCGUUCCCUCGUGAGGAAGUACGGAUGUGACCUCUGUUUCACACCUAUGAUCAUUACUGACAGCUUCUUACAGUCAGUUCGGGCAAGACAUAGUGACUUCACCACAUCGACAGAUGAUCGUCCCCUUAUUGUCCAGUUUGCUGCCAGGAGUGGUGAAGACUGGGCUAAGGCUUCAAGUAUGAUUUCACCGUAUUGUGAUGGUGUAGACUUGAAUUGUGGUUGUCCACAGCGAUGGGCUAUGGCUGAGGGUUAUGGUGCUUGCCUCAUACACAAACCAGAACUCGUAGCUGACAUGAUUCGACAAACCCGUAGUACAGUAAUAGAUGCUGACUUUACUGUUUCUAUUAAGAUUCGAAUACAUAAAGAUUAUAAACAUACAGUGGAUUUUGCACGACAAAUGGAGGCAGCAGGUGCAAGCUUUAUCACCGUACAUGGACGUACCCAGGAUCAGCGAAGUGACCCAGUAUGCUUAGAUGCUAUAGCCGAUAUAAAGAAUGCUGUAAAAAUUCCUGUCAUUGCAAAUGGGGAUGUUCGGUCUUUGGAUGAUGCUGACAGGAUACAGAAAGUUACAGGAGUUAAUGGUGUGAUGGCUGCCAGAGGUAUACUUGAGAAUCCUGCCAUGUAUGCAGGGUAUGAGAGCACACCUUUAGAAUGUGUUAAGGACUUUGUUAACAUUGCUGUUUCAACUGGGACCCCUUUCAGCUGCUUUCACCAUCACCUAAUCUAUAUGCUGGAAAAGUCUCUUUCACGGUCUGAAAGAAGAUAUUUCAAUGUAUUAGGCAGCACAAGUGGUGUGAUUAGCUACUUAAAUGAGAAAUAUAUGAUUGAAUUUUAUAGUGAAUUUUAUUCUGAACCCUUACUACUAUGCAUUGUUUCUUCUUACUUCCAUGUGAUUGCUACUUUACCCCAAUAUACCCAUUAA